UACAUACAUACAUGCAUGCAUGAAUACGAGGGAGGAGGAGCUUGCGCACAUGAUGCACAUACAUGCAUACAUGUACUAUCUAUGUAUAGCUACUAGCUAGCCUGAGCAGUAUAUAAUCAAAGUCGGCCUAGUUGGCUGCAGCAUUAGAGUGGAAGAAAUGGAGGUCUCUCCUCCUUGCCUGCGACUGGUUUCUUCUCUAACCCUUCUUGCACUGGUUUUCUUCCUGGUGCACGCCUGCUACACUGUCUUGCUGAAGUCGGAGAGGAUCAAGAGGAAGCUUAGAAUGCAAGGCAUACAAGGACCACCGCCAUCUUUCCUGUAUGGGAAUCUCCCUGAGAUGCAGAAAAUCCAGCUGAACACUCUCAAAGCUUCCAGUUUUCAAGCUCCAGAUUUCAUAGCCCAUGACUAUACUUCUACAGUCUUCCCGUACUUUGAACAGUGGAGAAAAGAAUACGGUCCAGUAUACACGUAUUCAACAGGAUUGAGGCAACACUUGUAUGUAAAUCAGCCGGAGCUAGUGAAGGAGAUGAACCAGAUGAUUUCUUUGGAUUUAGGCAAACCUUCUUACUUGACCAAGAGAAUGGCGCCUUUGCUCGGAAAUGGCAUCGUGAGGUCAAAUGGCCUGGUUUGGGCUCAACAGAGGAAAAUAGUCGCGCCUGAGUUCUACAUGGACAAGGUCAAGGGAAUGGUGGGGCUAAUGGUGGAGUCAGCACAGCCAUUGCUAAAGAAAUGGGAAGAGUGCAUUGAGGCCCAGGGUGGCAUCACAGCUGAUGUUAAGGUAGACGAGGAUCUGAGAGAGCUCUCUGCAAAUGUCAUCUCAAGGGCUUGCUUUGGUAGCUCAUAUUCUAAAGGCAAACAGAUUUUUUCUAAGCUCAGGAGUCUUCAACAAACAUUUUCCAAUCAAAACAUCCUCUUUGGGGUUACUAAUUUUGGAUUCUUACCAGUGAAGAAGCAAAACAAGAUCAGCAAUCUGGAGAGAGAGGUCGAGUCACUGAUUUGGGAGGCAGUGAAAGAACGUCAACAAGAAUGUCAAGAGACAAAUUCAUCAGAAAAAGAUUUAAUGCUGUUACUGCUUGAAGGUGCCCUCAAUGAUCAAAGUCUGGGCAAGGAUGCAUCCAAGAGCUUCGUAGUUGAUAACUGCAAGACUAUAUACUUUGCUGGUCAUGAAUCAACGGCUGUUGCCGCCUCCUGGUGCUUGAUGCUACUUGCUUUACAUCCAGAAUGGCAAGGUGGUAUAAGGAAAGAACUAGCUGAAAUAUCCAAGGAUGGCUUGCUAUCUGUGGAUUCACUCCAUCAUCUGAAAACGGUGACGAUGGUGAUUCAAGAAGCCCUCCGCCUAUACCCACCAGCAGCAUUUGUAUCAAGAGAAGCACUUGAAGAAACCCAACUCGGAAAGAUUGUUGUUUCAAAGGGCGUAUGUUUAUGGACGUUGAUACCGACAUUACAUAGAGAUCCUGCAGUAUGGGGAUCUGAUGCUAACGAGUUCAAACCUGAGAGGUUCACCUGGGGCGUCUCGAAAGCUUGCAAGUGCCCUCAAGCUUACAUUCCGUUUGGGGUCGGCCCUCGCCUGUGCUUGGGCAAGAACUUCGCCAUGGUUGAAUUGAAGGUUGUCCUCUCCCUCAUUGUUUCCAAGUUUAGCUUCACCUUGUCUCCCAAGUAUCAUCACUCUCCUGCUUAUAGAAUGAUUGUAGAACCCGGAGAUGGUGUACAGAUUCUCAUUCAAAAGAUUUGACCAUGGCUGCAUGAGCUAGCUCCCAGAUCGCUUCUAGUAGUGUUCAAGUGUAGUUCUAGGCUGCUAGCUACAUGUGUGGAAACUGGUCACUGCUUCUAGUGGUUAUUUAAAUAAGUACAGGUUUGUUUAAUGUUUGAUGCUUCAGUGUGAACUUCAAAUCGAAGGUUCUAUAUCUACAUUCAACAAUGAAAUGUAAGUUAGAUAAAAAAAAAAAUAAAAAAAUAGUGAGUUAACAUCACCCUCACAAAAUUACCAGA